AUGAGCUCCGAACCGCCCUGCCAGGACACGGGUGAUUCCUAUCCACCUGAGCCUACAUCUGAAUCCUUUGAUGUCAUAAAUGAACAACUUGAAACCAUCAGGGACACCGAAUCCGACAGUACUGCAAUCUCUCCAUCUCAUCACGCUCAGCUGGACCUGGAAACCGGCACCGACAACCACGAGCACCGACCUCAAGAUCAAGAGCGGUCUGACACCUGGACCGUUGAAGAAUUCUUGGAAAUUCAGCAAGGGAGACACCAAGAGCUCCUACAGGAGGUCCGUGUCGCAAACGCAGAGAACAGAAUUGCUUUGGACGAGGUGAUGGGGCAAAACAUAUCUACGAAUUUCGGCCUGUGCUUCCAGCGCAUCGAGGAGUUCUUCACAAACUGGGCGCAACAAUUCACUCAGCAUCAGCUCGUGAGCAAAGUUGCCGAGCUUGAGGAGCGGCUGAAUCUGGCAAACCAAACAAACAAGAAACUCGGCGAGGAUUUCAAAGAGAUGCGCACUAAACACAAAAACGCCUGUACCAAACUCAGCAAGGCUCUCCGCGAGAGAGACGAGCAAAGGCGCCUCGCGGAUGGAGGAGCCCUUGCCAAUUCCGCCAAGGCAACAGACGACGCUGUUAUGGACAAGUGGAGGAUUCUCAGCUACAACAUUCACACAUUGGCCCAUUAUUUGGCAAAGAGUCCUCCACCGCAGGGCCUGGGUGAGGUCGUUCUCUCUCGGCUGAGCUGGAUCUCGCAGUCAUACCGAGAAGAGAUUGAAGACCAAGACUACCGAGAGUUUCUUCUUGAAGGCUACCUGUGGGGCAUGGUCAAUGACACAGUGUUCGACGCUGGUACUCGUCUCUGGGGUGGCCCUGGAAUGGCCGACCUCAAGACUAUCGAAAGCAACCUCGUCAAUCGUCUCGGAGGGGAAGCUCAAGGCCGCUCUGAGAUUUGCCAGCAAGCUGCGAGAUGGCUUGCUCAAGGAUCGGGCAUUCUCAAUCAGCUUUGGGGCUUUGAGUCAGAAGGCGCGAAGGCCCUUGCCACCCUCGAAGCCAGACGCCUGAUGCCAUUCCUCUCGGCCCCAAACGCCAGUUCUGACAGUGGGGGGAGAGUCAGGGACGAAAUGAGCGUCAUCAUCGCGUGUGCCGUCGAGCUGGACCAGAUGUUGAUGUGUUCCAAGGCACUCUUCAAGAUCCAUUGGAAAGACCAUGUUCAGGACCAUUCAAAGCCUCAGCUAUACAACCCAAACGUCAUGGAUGCAAUCGCCUCCGAAACCGAGCUAUCUGAGCAGAGCACCGUCAAGAUGGUUAUUUCGCCCUUUCUCUACAAGGCUGGAAACGCCGACGGCCAAAACUAUGAAUCCUCGAUGCUGCUCAUCAAGGCUGCUGUGGUCUGCGAUUAG